GUUGGCCUUAUCUGAUUCUAUCUAUCAUUCACCUUUCAGUAACAUCACUCAUCUUCUUCAAAACAAUGGCAUCAAUGGCAACAUCCUCUUCACUCAAUUCAAUUCCUCUUUCAUCUUCUUCCUCUCUUUCCGCUCCUUCCAUUCGUGCAUUCUCUGAAUCCAAUUUCCACUUUCCCCAAAACAGAAACCACCAUUCCAACCUCACCGUUAAAGCACAAACCCUAGAUUUUACCAGUUCGUUCUUCGAAGGCGGAUUCGGUUCAGGCGAUGAUCCGUUUUCUCCAGCAAUCGGUUUUCCUGCCGUUGAAGAGAAACCGGAACCACAAUGCCCGCCCGGACUUAGGCAGUACGAAACUAUGGUGGUUUUGAGACCUGAUAUGUCUGAAGAUGAGCGUCUUGCACUCACUCAGAAAUACGAAGAGCUUCUUGUUGCUGGAGGUGGCAUGUAUGUAGAGGUUUUUAACAGGGGUAUUAUUCCACUAUCGUAUAGCAUCCAGAAAAAAAACAAGGAAGGAGAAACUAACACCUAUAUGGACGGCAUCUACCUCUUAUUCACCUACUUCACAAAGCCCGAGUCCUUAAAAGCCCUUGAGCAGACACUAUUGGCGGACGAUAAUGUUGUCCGAUCAACGAGCUUCAAGAUCAUCAAGAAAAAGAAAGAUAAGUGAUAAAAGGAUGGAUUGAAAAUAAAAAAAGAAUGUAGCAUUCAUCAUUUGUUGUUAUGGUGUUUUUUUUUUCUUUCAUUUUCAUAUGGAUUCAAGUAUUUUUGUAACAUGGUUGUAUUAAAUUAAGAGAGGAAUGUAUGUGCUAUUACUUAAAAGCCAA